AGAGCACUCUUAAUCUUCACGACCUUUUCUGCUUCGGUUACCGUCAGAAAAUGGCAGUGAUGUUCUAUUAGAGUAUUAGGUGAAAAUACCUGUAAUUAUGCCACUGUAAAAUGAGUUUGACUUCAAAUUUUUCACAAAAUAAAUGGUCGCUAUAAACUAAUAUGCGAUGAGGUGUAGAAUUCUUCUCAAUCCUAAAUAAUGUGACCACGACGAGAGAGGACGAGAGAGGACGGGAGCAGAGUGGAGAAGAGCGAUGGAACAGGAUUAUGAGUUAUAGAACGCGAGACUCCACCACUUUGGCGACGACGCUCGCGAUUGGCUAUGGAGGCACGAGGCUGGAGCUCCCUUGCAACUGACGGCGACCGUGAGAAUUCUGCCGGCGGCGGUUGCAUUGGAGGAACUUAGGGUUUCCUUCUAGGGAGAUGCUCCUGUUGGCAACUGGGCAUCGUGCGAGGAUGAGACAUGCACCACUCUGCACAAGAGGGCAACACGUGUCAAAAAAGAGAAUAUCUAUAAAUCUGUAUGAAACUUGAUAUGUAACUAGAUGGCUCGAAUCUUUUUUCUUUGAAUUUUAUACUGCAGUGACCCUACGCCAUAAUUCCCAUAAACACAUCCGCCAGUACGUGACACGUGGUUCCCGCUGAAUUUUACACUCCACUGCAUCCCUUGUUCGUCCGAUACAGAACAAAUCCAACUGCUUACAAUCCUCCACGAUCUCACAUAUCAGCCUUUGAUUAACCAGGUUCUACAUGGCUGGCAUUCCUCCACGAAGACCACUUUUCCACCAUAAGAUCCUGAACCAUCCGACGGCUAAUAUUUUUGCAUAGAACCUAAGAACAUGGCAGCUAAGCAAACAACAGCAACAAGUAACAACAAUUCAAGGGACAGAGUGGCUGUUGAGUUGGCUAAACAGUUUGGAGAAAAAAUAAAGGAAUGGAUCAAACUGGUGGAAUCGCGACUGGGCCGCGCGAUGUCCUAGGAGUUAGUAACGGUUCCGACAUUGGGUGUAAACCCUUAAAGAAUUUGAAUGGUAAAAUCUGUCAGAUGUGUGGCGAUACUGUUGGAUUAACAGCCACCGGUGAUGUUUUUGUUGCUUGCCAAGAAUGUUCCUUCCCACUUUGUCACCGUUGCUAUGAAUGUGAGUGCGAGAAUGGGAACCAAUCUUGCCCCCAGUGCAAGACCAGAUACAAUAGUCACAAAGAUAGUUCCCAUUUGGAGGGAGAUGAGGAUGAUGAUGAAGAUGAUGAUGAUGUUGAUGAUAUAGAGAAUGAGGUAAAUUAUGGAGAAGGAAACAUUAACAAAGCAGGGAUGCAAUGGGAAGAAGAUGCUGACCUCUCUUCUUCGUCGGGACAUGAUUCUCGGAUGCCAAACUCAAAUCUCCAUAUCACAAAUGGGCAGCCGCAAUCUGGUGAAAAACCGUGUGCUACUCCUGAUACAAAAUCUGUUCAAGCUACAUCUGGUCCUUUGGGUCCAUCCAAGGCUCACUCACUUUCCUACACCGAUUCAAAACAGCCAGGUCUUGAGAGUGAUGAAGAGGUCAGAAGAGUGCCAGAGAUCGGAGGUGAAUCUGCUGGACCUUCAGCUUCCCGUCCAGGCGCCGGUCCAACUGGUGGGCAAGAACGUGGUCAGGGGACUAGGGAUGGUCAACGGAAGAGAGGCAGAAGCCCGGCAGACAAAGAAAACAAACGGCUAAAGAGGCUACUGAGGAACAGAGUGUCAGCUCAACAAGCAAGGGAGAGGAAAAAGGCAUAUUUGAUCGAUUUGGAAACCAGAGUCAAAGACUUGGAGAAGAAGAACUCAGAGCUCAAAGAGAGGCUUUCCACUUUGCAGAAUGAGAACCAAAUGCUAAGACAAAUAUUAAAGAAUACAACAGCUAGCAGGAGAGGGAGCAACAGUGGUACAAAUGCUGAAUAAACUUGAUAGCAAAUACAGCAGAGAGAGAGAUAAACAAGAGAAGUUAAUUCUAAUGAUUCUUUGUAAGGCACAUUGAAGUACCAAAAUUACUAAUUGAAUGUUUUGAUUUGUUUAACAAGUUUACUCAAAAGGGACAUUUCUGUUAGGAAC